CCGGAACCGCCCUCCUGCUUCGUCAAGGCCCACGCGCCAAGAAUAAGGGAGGAUCCUCCGCCUAAGCGAAGCGCCAUACACUUCCCUACCAAGAAAAGCGUUUCCUACAAAAUAGACGAGGACACGGACGACGGGCAUAGGCACGCCGAGUAUGUGGCGAGCAAGACGGUAGAUUUCGACGAGAAACGAACCGACGACCCGGGCCAAGAGCCGACGGACGCGGUCCACGCUCAAUACCAGGAGAAACGAUACAUGACCAGCAAAG